AUGGAACUAAACAAGUUUGACUCUAUCAAGAGUUUAACAACAACGCAGUUCGAUUGGAAGUGUAGGCUAAGAUUACAGUCACUUUGGAAAGGAGUUAACUACAAAACGAAAGAGUUCUGGGGCUUAAAUAUGAUAUUCAUUGAUGAUUCAAACGAUAGGAUUCAGGCUUUCGCCAGUACAAAAUAUUGUAAAGAUGUUAUUACCAACUUGAAAGAAGGUAAAAUCUAUAUCCUUACAAACUUUAGAGUUAAGGACUACGUUGGAGACGAAACUUUCCGUCCAGUGCGUAACAACAAGCACAUUUAUUUUACAACGCACACCAAGUUGGAAAACGAUGUUGAAGGGGACUUAAAAAUAGAUCGACAUGCUUUCGAUCUGUUCUGGCUAGGAGAUAUGGAGAAACUAUCAAACGACAAUCGAUACUUAGUUGAUGUUGUUGGCAUGGUGAAAAAUGUUCGUUCUAUCAAGUCGAACAAAAAUGAAUCAGAGAAAUUGCUGACAAAGUUCGACCUAUCUGAUGGCAGCUGCGCCGUGGCUGUAACUCUUUUUGACGACUUUGGUGUGGAGUUCCAACAAACUUUAACAUGUUGCAAAGAGCCUGAGGUGUAUGUAAUACUGUGCGCCGCCAGAGUUACAAUUUAUGAAGGAAUGCCAAAUCUGACAAACUACCCAGCAACAAGAUACUAUAUCAAUCCUGGCCACUACAGUGUGCAGCAGAUAACUCAGAGGUAA